ACCAGGGCGGGUGCGAGGGCGACCUGUGACCCGCACUCAAGAUGGCGGCAGAGGCGUCAGCGGCCUCCUGCCCUUCUCCAUCAUGGCGGCCACGGGACCCGCCUCCCCGGGCGCCGGAGUCAUGUGACCCACACAAUGGCUGAGCGCCUAGUCCUGGCUUCCCAGCAACGCCGAAAGAAAGCCAUGACGGCCGCCGCGGGUUCGGCGGGCCGCGCCGCGGUGCCCCUGCUGCUGUGCGCGCUGCUGGCGCCCGGCGGCACAUACGUGCUCGACGACUCCGACGGGCUGGGCCGGGAGUUCGACGGCAUCGGCGCGGUCAGCGGCGGCGGGGCAACCUCUCGACUUCUUGUAAAUUACCCAGAGCCCUUUCGUUCUCAAAUAUUGGAUUAUCUCUUUAAGCCAAACUUCGGUGCCUCUUUGCAUAUUCUAAAAGUUGAAAUAGGUGGCGAUGGGCAGACAACAGAUGGCACUGAGCCCUCCCACAUGCAUUAUGCUUUAGAUGAGAAUUAUUUCCGAGGAUAUGAGUGGUGGUUAAUGAAGGAAGCUAAGAAGCGGAACCCUAAUAUUACGCUCAUGGGGUUACCAUGGUCUUUCCCUGGAUGGCUGGGGAAAGGUUUCAACUGGCCUUACGUGAAUCUUCAGCUGACUGCCUACUAUAUUGUGACCUGGAUUGUGGGUGCCAAGAAUUAUCAUGAUUUGGACAUUGAUUAUAUUGGGAUUUGGAAUGAGAGGACAUUUGACAUCAGUUAUAUCAAGGUGUUAAGAAGAAUGCUGAACUAUCAAGGUCUCUACCAAGUGAAAAUCAUAGCAAGUGAUAAUCUCUGGGAGCCCAUCUCUGCUUCUAUGCUGCUCGACCCCGAGCUCUUUGAGGUGGUGGAUGUCAUAGGAGCUCAUUAUCCUGGGACCCGUUCAGUAAAGGAUGCGAGGUUGACUAAGAAGAAGCUUUGGUCUUCUGAAGAUUUUAGCACUGUAAAUAGUGAUGUGGGUGCAGGCUGCUGGGGUCGAAUAUUGAAUCAGAAUUAUAUCAAUGGCUACAUGACUUCCACGAUUGCUUGGAAUUUGGUGGCUAGUUACUACGAACAGCUGCCCUAUGGGCGAUGUGGACUGAUGACCGCCCAGGAGCCGUGGAGCGGGCACUACGUGGUGGAGUCUCCCAUCUGGGUAUCAGCUCAUACUACUCAGUUUACUCAACCAGGUUGGUAUUACCUGAAAACAGUUGGCCAUUUAGAGAAAGGAGGAAGCUAUGUAGCUCUGACUGAUGGCUUAGGUAACCUCACCAUCAUCAUUGAAACUAUGAGCCAUAAACACUCUAUGUGUAUACGGCCUUAUCUUCCUUAUUUCAAUGUGUCACAACAAUUGGCUACCUUUGUUCUCCAAGGUUCUUUUAGUGAAAUACCAGAGCUACAGGUGUGGUAUACAAAACUUGGAAUACCAUCUAAGGACUUUCUAUUUAAACAGCUGGAAUCUAUAUGGCCCCUCGACACCAACGGCAACUUCACCCUGGAGCUCCAGGAGGACGAGCUGUUCACGCUCACCACCGUCACCACCGGGAACAAGGGCAGCUACCCACUUCCUCCAGAAUCCAGGCCCUUCCCACGAAUCUAUGAGGAAGACUUUGACGUUGAGUACCCAUUUUUUAGCGAAGCCCCGAAUUUUGCCGAUCAGACUGGAGUAUUUGAAUACUUUGUGAACAUUGAAGACCCCGGAGAACAUCGCUUCACACUCCGCCAGGUUCUCAAUCAGCGGCCCAUCACCUGGGCUGCAGACGCGUACAACACCAUCAGUGUCAUAGGGGAUUACAAGUGGUCGGAUCUGACUGUAAGGUGUGAUGUUUACAUAGAGAACCCUGACAAUGGAGGUGUGUUCAUUGCAGGAAGAGUAAAUAAAGGUGGAAUUUUGAUCAGAAGUGCCAGAGGUGUUUUCUUCUGGAUUUUUGCAAAUGGAUCAUACAGAGUUACAGGUGAUCUAGCUGGAUGGAUCGUAUAUGCUUUAGGAUCUGCUGAUGUUACAGCAAGAGAAUGGUAUACUCUCACUUUAACUAUUAAGGGUCAUGUCUCCUCUGGCAUGUUGAAUGACAAGAUUCUCUGGAAAAAUGUCCAUGUGAACUUCCCAAAGAAUGGCUGGGCUGCCAUUGGAACGCACUCCUUUGAAUUUGCACAGUUUGACAACUUCUAUGUGAACGCUUCACACUAAUGCACAGCACCAUAGCACAUGCUUUGGAUUUUCUUCCUUUUUGAUUUGGGUUCAGAGCCAGUUCUUGUUUUGAUGGACCAAUAUAUAAGCCUUUUGGAGGCAUAAAAUAAUGAAGAAGAAAUGGGGUAGACAUUCUGGUUUUGCUUGAUCCUCGAAGGAUAUUUUAGAAAUAAUUUCAAGGAGAAACAGAUGAAUCUUUUAACAUUCCCUGAUGUGUGCCCUAAGACUCAAACUGUACUUGGUCCUUGUCGUUAGGAUGCUUUGGGUGCUUCAGCCCUCCUGGCCUCAGCAUUAGCACUGAGGUAGCUUUCUUCACGUUACUGGCCUGGCAAGUGAUCAUGCAGAUGGCACUAACUCAGUCAGUGCGCUGGUGGAUUUAUUAACUCUGACUGUGUAUCUGUGAGGUGAGGCCUCGUCUUACCAUAAUGCUGCUGUAACAGGAAGCUGGAGGACACUGGAAGUGCUGCUUUUUGAAAACCACUUCAACAGGUUAUAUGUAUACUCUACAAAGUGUUUUUACCUUUUCUUUUAAAGAUGACACUUUUGAAUUAUAGAUGUAGUGAAUGGGGUAAUUUAAUAUGCCUGCUUAACAAACUACCUCUGAAGCUAUUUCUGCAAUAAGAAUAUCAGAUUGCUAACAGACUAAUUGGGUUAUCUGCAUUUUUAAUUCUUUCAGAUCCGACUUUUAGUCUUCUUGCCCAUAUACCUUUCUGUGAACAUUCUCUGUGGCUGGAAGGAAGAAGGAAAAUCGAUGAAAUCAGUGCUGUUAGUGGGUCUAGAGACAAACUUGUAGUAGUUUUGCUGUGUCUCAUUUCACUGUGCCUUUCCUGGUCUGACUCCUCAUGUAGCACUGGUUACAGCUGAAAAUAGCUAUUGAAGUCUUGUGUCUCCUUUUGUGUGAAGGAGGGAAGCACUUAACUUUUUUCUAGUUCAUGGAAUUGGAUCAUCCCUAAUAUUCUGUGUGAUUAAUGCAUUAAUUUCAUUAAAAUACAAAUGUGUUUAUAUUUAAGUGUAGGUGAGUAUAUUUCUCAUGUGACAUAAUUUAUACAUAAGCGUUAGUAUACUGCUUAGAAAUGACUGAUAAUGAACAACUUAUGAACAUUUGCAAAUUCAUUGAACUAGUUCUACAGUUUGGGAAUUUGUAAUGGUUUAACAUAGACUUAACUGACAGGAAGUUUUGUAAGGCUAUUAAACACAAGAAGCCAAAUAUUACAAUAAAUCAGAUUACAGAGAAAAAUUUUAAAGCCAUGUCUAAAUGAGUUCCAGUUCAGAUUCCUGCAUAGUUUUAAAAACUAACUUUAUUGAGGUUGCAUUUAUAUACAAAAAAUUACUACUUAAAGUGCAACCUUGUAAACCAACACUCCAUUCUAAGAUAGUGACCAUUUCCACCCCCAGAAAUUUGUCUUGUUCACCUGUCUAGUCAUUUCCCUACCCUCCUCCCUCUGCUCAUCUCAGGCAGCCAUUGAUCUGAUUUUUCUCAUUAUUGGUAAGUUUUUUUAAAGAUUUAUUUUAUUUAUUUAUGCAUACAAGAGCUGGGGUGCUGGCCAGAGGUGUGGGGGGGUGUGUGUGAGAGGAUUCACCAGAGACAGAGUGGGGAGCGGAACAAGCAGAUCUACUGAAAUACACUGCUGAAGGGAGCAGUGGGCGAGACAGGAGAGGUCUGCUGUGCCAUGUGGGGUCAGCUCCCUGGCCGGGGAUCAAACUCAUGUCUCAGUGUUGGUGAUAGCUUGAUAGUGCUGAGACUUUAAGCCCUGAACCACCAAGGAGGCCCUAUCGAUAAGGUUUUUUUUGUUCCAAAACAGCAUCUUAUGCUGUGUACUCUUUUGUCAAUGGUUUCUUUCAGUCAGCAUAAUUGCUUUUGAGAUUUGUCUUUGUUGCUGUGCAUUUCAGUGACUUGCUCCAUAUUUUUAAUAUCUAUUGUAUGGCUAUGCUACAAUUUUCCCCCUCAGAUUUUGGUAUUGCAAAUAAAACUCUGAGGAACAUUUGCA